AUGCAGGUGCCUUUGAUUCGCUUACAGUGUGGUGUUAACAGCUAUGAUUGGGGUAAGGUUGGCAAACAGUCUGCUGCCGCCAAAUAUGGAGCUGCUACUGCUAGCUCGGAUUUCAGCAUUGAAGAGGCGAAACCCUAUGCAGAGCUAUGGAUGGGGACCCAUCCAUCACUUCCUUCGAAAGACGUUGAGACCCAGCGGACUUUACUAGACCUGGUGCAAGACAACCAAGCGCUCAUGGGUCAGGAAAUCACCCAACAAUACGGUGGAAAAUUACCAUUCUUGUUCAAGGUCUUGUCCAUCAACAAGGCGCUGAGCAUUCAAGCACACCCCAACAAAAAGCUUGCCGAGCAAUUGCAUGCUCGGGACCCAAGGAACUAUCCUGAUGACAACCACAAGCCCGAAAUGACCAUCGCCAUCACACCCUUUGAAGGACUCUGCGGCUUUCGACCGCUCUCUGAAAUCGUGCACUUUUUGAACCGCGUUCAACCACUUCGUUCCCUUGUCGGACAACAAGCCGCAGCACAGUUCGAGCAGAUCGUCAAGGGGUCCGAACAUGCAGAGGACGAGGCAACAGUCAGCCGUAACAAAGACGCCCUCAGAGCAGUAUUCACAUCCCUGCUCGAAUCGCCUCAGGACAAGAUUGAAGAAGCGACAAAAGAGCUCGUUGCAGAGGCACAAAACUCUCCCAACAGUUUCGCAAUCGAUCCCAGUUCCGAGACAAACCCAGCCGGUGCAUCUGAGCUUUCAGAACUGGUCGUGCGUCUGAAUGGCCAAUUCCCUAACGAUAUUGGACUAUUCAUUCUAUUUUUCCUAAACUUCGUCAAGCUCUCGCCCGGAGAAGCAAUGUUUCUAAAAGCAGACGACAUCCACGCCUAUGUUUCCGGAGACGUCAUUGAGUGCAUGGCGUCAUCCGAUAACGUGGUCCGCGCAGGAUUCACACCCAAAUUCAAGGAUGUCUCUACUCUUACCUCUAUGCUGACAUACUCCUAUGCACCUAUUGAGGAACAAAAAAUGCAACCCACAGAGUACCCCUAUGCAACAUUAAAUUCGGUGGCCUACUCCAGUGGUUCAUCCACGAUGCUCUACGACCCUGCCGCCAUUGAAGAGUUUGCCGUCGUCAAAACUGAUCUCAACAAAAAGGGAGCAAAGGCGACAUUUGAUCCUAUCCCUGGUCCAAGCAUCGUCAUUUGCACCAGUGGACAGGGCAAGAUUAGCGUGGGACCUGCCAAAACCGAAGAAGUCAAGGAAGGAUACGUGUUUUUCGUGGGUGCUGAUGCCGAGUGUGUGCUUGAGAGUACGACUGAAGACCACAGCCAGCAUUUCACGACGUUUAAGGCGUUUUGUGAGUUGACUGGGGAGGAGGAUGUGUCGAAUGGGCAUUGA